AUGCACCAAAAGUUGUACAGAUGUGCAGUGCGCUCGCUACAUAUUUUAACUUCUACCCGUCAAUUCUUGAGUGCUGCCCUUCACUACAUCAAGACACUGAGAAACUUCAUUUGCCCAACCUUGUUCUGUACAUCUGUGAAAGGAAAGAGACUUCAGAAGCCAAGGGACAGUAAUUUUGGAUAUUCCUCAAUAAUGAAUAUGACAAUACUUGUCUCAUUUAAUUUUUCUGUAAUAUCAGAUGAUUGA